AUGAAUCUUGCAUCCAAGUUGAAUGCAGAGUCCAGGGCUAUUAAUAAGCCUGAGGAGGCUUUCUCCUUAGUUACCCGAAGGGUCUCCAAGGAGCCACCACCCACUCCAACCUGCCUCACAAAGAGGCAAGUGAAGCAGAAGGUGGAGAGCCUGACCACUCAGCUCCAGGUGAUGACUGCCCAACGGAAUGAUCUGAGAGAUCGCCUCAUCUUAGUAACUGAAGGUUCCUUGGACAAGAGUGAUCUGCAGAGCCGGCUCCUGUUGGAGCAGAGGCAGCAGAAGAAAAAGGUGGAUCUGCUGAGGCAAGAGAAGGAGAACCUACAGGAGGAAUGGCUCCGGCUGAAGAAGCACUUGAGUGAACUGAAAGUGCUCUGUAAGGACCAAGAAGAGACCAGUGACCUUGAGAACCAGCAACAGCAGGAGCAGCAAAGACUGGAGGAGAGACUUCAGAGCUUGCUGAAACAGAGGGAGAUGGUCACACAGCAAAAACACUUGGCUAUGAAGCUGCAGCAUCAUUUGACUGUCUCCCAGAUGAG